AUGAGUGAUGGUAUAAAAUCUUCCAAGAAACCAAAGAAGCGAAAAUAUAAUAAAGAAAAUGAAUCACCUGCAAAAAGAAAAAGCUUAACAGGUACUCAAAAAGCAGAAAAAUGCCACCUAAAACAGAAGAGUGUUAGUCAAGUCAAGUUAGCUAAACAAUUUUCUGUUGCUGAAGCAACAAUUUCAAAUAUUAUUCGAGAAAAAAAUAGAACUGCAAAGUUUCUUCUACUAGAAGAGGCACUUGCUCUUUGGGUAUCAAGAGUAACUGAGGCAUUACAAACAGUUACAGGAAAUUCUAGUUUAACCAAUAAAUCAGAUCUUAUAGAUGAAAUUCAGAAUUUAAUUGGACAGUUACCUCUUGACCAACCCAUGAGUGCAUAUCAAUAUAUAAUUGCUGAUAAUGAUCUUAUUGCUACUGAGAUUCCAACUGAUGAAGAAAUAAUUAAAUCUGUUAAGAAUUAUGAAUGUAUUGAACCGGAAGAUGAAAGUCCAAAAAAAUUAAUCUUCUUUGUUCAGGCCUUGGAAUUCAUUAAAGGAAUCUCAUCUUUCCUUGAGCAACAACCUGAUAGUAAUUUCAAAGUUAAAGAUUCUUUUAUUCAGGGUUUAAGACAACUUAAAAAAGAA